AUUUUAAAUAUAUUUUGUAGCAUAUACGCAGUAAGCUUAAUCCUGCUGUCUCCACUGCAAAAAGGGAUGAAACAGUCAAAGGUUGGCAAUGGCAGUGACCACCAUAGAGAUUAGAAACUUGGAUAUUAUUUUUAACAAUGGUGGUGAUAUUUAGUAGCGAAGUAUUUGUCAGGCUUACAUUUGAAUAUUCAUAGUAAUAAACACAAUACAUUAAUGUUAGACUCUUUCAAAUACUGAAUACUGUCAUUUUAUUUAUGUGAAAAAGAAUUGUGCGGUUGGGACUGUGUUAGACGAUUGUCUCUCAUGAUGGAAACGAAGUGAGGUUACUGGACAUUGACUGAGACCGGAAUACGUAUUUUUGAAGUUAAGAAAUGUAGCCAGCUUUGAAAUAUUUACAUACUUUGUAAAUAUUCUUGAUAGAGAAUUUCAAAAUGCUGGGCUUAGGUGUUUAUCGAGGUCAGACAUUCCAUCCUUAUGAUGGUGAAGACCUACAGAAAAUUAUUUAUGAAGCAAAGGAGAAUGGAUUAAAAAUUAAGUAUAAUGGUGGUUCAUUUCCUGUAGUAAACAGCGAUGGAACAGAAAUUAUAAUUAAUUUAGAUAAUAUGAGAAGAGUUAUCUGUUAUGAUCCUGAGGAACAAACAUUCACCGUCGAAGGCGGUUUAACCAUGGCUGAAAUGCUGCAGAGUAUGGAGUUCCUAAAUUUUACAUUAGAAAUGUAUGGCAUAAUUCCAAACAUGACAAUUGCUGAUGCAAUAUCUGUUGGCCUCACAGGCUCAAAUGGAACAAUUGCAAACUGCUUGUUAAGGUGUCAGGUUCUAUAUGCUGAUGGUUCAUUGAUUGACUUGGUGUGGCCUGGUCCAGAUGAGGUCCCAAACAGGUUUUCCAACAUUCCAACUGAAAGAUUGAUACCAACAUUGCAGACUGUAGUGUGUGGACUUGGACUAGUAGGCGUUAUAUAUACUGCAACUUUCAAAUGUACUCCCAUUCACUUGGCCCAGGAGACAGUAUAUGAGUGUCCUUUAAGUGAUAUAGCAAAUAACUGGCAACAACUGUUGGAUGGUCUGUAUGGUUAUUUGUAUUGGUAUCCUCUUUUGGACAGAGUGAUCAUUAAACGAGCAAGUUCUGUGAGGUUUCAUCUGGGGCAUUGGCAGCCGUGGUGGAAGAAGUGUGUAGAAAUAUUUUAUUGGAGUAUUCACUGGCUAGUGAACAGAGCUAGUCCAUAUUUGGCAUGGUAUGUCCCUUCAUUCACCAAGAAACUGUCCCAAAUGCAGUUUAAUUUGGCUAUGAAGGCUUCAUCAUGUCGAAUGCAGCACAGCUUCCGCCCUCAGUUGUUUAUUUCGGUGGGAUCCUACUGUCGAGGAAUUGAGUGGACUCUUCCUGCAGAAAAACUGCAAAAUGUGGUGCAGGAUAUUGGGAACUGGGCUGAGCAUCGUUUCUAUCUGUGCUCAACACCAAUACUUAUUACAGUACAGACUCACCAAGCACUCACGCUUCAUCACCCGCAUCUCUGUCCUUACAGUGAAAGGAGGACCUGUACCUUGUGGACAGACUGGUUCAACAGUAGGAGUAUCACAAGCAACUACUCAGCAAAUAUGGCUGAAUUUGAAGCUCUGCUGCAGAAGAAUGGAGGUCGCAAGUGUUGGUCUGCUGGUCCUGUGUAUGCUUCGCCUCUUAUUGGUCGAAUGUAUCAUGGCUAUCGACAGUGGUGUGAUACCAGAAAGAACCUGGAUCCAUCAGCGAUGUUCAGAAGUGCUUAUGUAGCAGAUGGUUUAAUUACCUUAUUCCAGGUUUACCCAGAAGAUGUGCUGCCAAAAAUGAUGACUGUUGGAGCCCAGAAAGGAACAACUGUGGAGGGUCCACAGAAUCUGCAGGAUGCCAAAGAUUUUGUUGAAUGCAUUCUUUUGGAGAAUUCAGUUCAGCAUGAAUUACUUCCACCACAACAACAACCUGGAAAUGAAGGAGAAAGAGAGGAAGUAUUGAAACCAACAAGAAGGAGAAGCCAGUUAUAUGAUGAGGAUUUUAAUAAGUUCAAGGGGAAUGGAGUGCAGAUGUCGGAUACUGCAGACACUAUAAAGGGACCAGAGACAGACCUUCCAGGGAAAGCGUCCUUACGGCAGCGUGUGCGACUGGAGGACUGUUACACGUGGCAGUGUACAGACUGUCCUACUGUAUUGGCAACACUGCAAGAGUUGAAAGAUCAUCAUCACCUGGUACAUGAUCAGGCUGUGCACUUCCAGUGCGUUGAAUGUGCAAAGGUGUACACAGUGUACAAGAAGUUUACAAGACACGUUAGACUGCAUCGAAACCAUGGGAAUUACAGGUGCAGAGACUGUGGGAAAUCAUUCUCAUCAAAGCAAGCGAUGGAGAACCACGCAGUGCUUCAUUCUGAUGCCCGUCCUCAUUCUUGUUCAGACUGUGGCAAGACGUUUCGUCAGAUCGGCUCCCUUUACAGUCAUCGUCACGUUCAUCAGGCUGACCAGAAUGGAUUCUCUUGCUCCACAUGUGGAAAACUAUUGCUGUCGCAACAGUCACUGGAGGUUCACAGGAAAACUCAUUCUGGUGUACGUGACUACACGUGUGAUGCGUGUGGGAAAAGCUUUGCAGUAAAGCAAGGAUUAGUAUAUCACAUGAUGUCACACUCAGGCGAACGUCCGCACUGUUGCCACCUCUGUGGUAAAAGAUGCAAGACAGUUUACCUGCUAAACAAACAUGUGGCAACGCAUUCAAAUGUGAAGGUUCACCAGUGUGACGUGUGCGGAAAACAGUUCCGGGAGAGUGGUACCCUCAAGCUACACACUCGCAUCCAUACUGGCGCUAGGCCGUAUUGUUGUGAGUUCUGUGGUCGUCACUUCCGCUUCCAGGGUGUCUAUGUAAUACACAAGCGACAGCACACAGGGGAACGUCCAUACAGUUGCGGUGAAUGCAAGCGAGAUUUCACUAACUGGGCCAACUAUAAUAAACAUACCAAAUGUUGUCACGGAGGAAAGUGUAGAUCGACAUUAGCACUUGCUGAAGACCAACAUCCUCCUGCCUGUAAUUAUAGUUCUGCAAAUAACAAACAAAAUGUUCAUAUGAGCCAAAUAACAGAUACUAGUACUCCUGUCACUUCCUACAGAUUAUAGCAGUAAGAACGCAAUGCGACCUCAAAUCUUCAAUGGAAAUAUAGCAGAGUGUGGGGUAACAUCUGAUGAGUCAGCUUCUAUUACAAAAUUAGACAAGAUGAUCAGUUCUUUAUGUUCUAUUGAAGGAAGCCCAAAACUUCAUAUGUCUGCUUCAGUGGCCGCUAGCUGUUACUCUUAUUCGCGGUUAUAUUCGCAUCUUCCAAGCGUUGCACCUGGUGCUUCUAGGUGCUACAUUUCAUCAGAUGUGAAUAAUGAGAAUGCAAAUGUCCAUGUCUCUUAUCCAUUUUAGUUUUAGUCACUUGUGCAUGUUUUUAAUUUAAUUUUUAAGCUAUUACCAGGCCAUACACAAGGUGUGGAGGUGGUCACCAUGAUCUAGUGCUGAGGUCAAGAACAAGUAGGAGCUGUAUUUCCUCUACUUCCCCAAAUUGCUUUCAGGGACAUUUGUUUUUAACAGACCACUGAUCAACAGUCAUGACCUAUGUAUAGUGUUUCGCUUUUUUCUUUAUGUAAAGAAUUUGUAGUGGGCAGCCAGUGUUAGGCCAUACCUAUUGCUUCCAGAAAUAGUGUUUAUAAUUGUGCAGUUCCCGUGAAUUUUGCUUUUUUCCUGUCCCAUGUAAUUUUAUUUGUUUUCAGUAUUGUUGGGUUAGGAAUCAUGUUUUGAGAUGAAAUAAUAUGCCGUGAAAGCUGCUUAAGUGUCUGUAAAAAUUAAACGGUGGUGAUGGUAAAAGAUAGGUUUAUUGGUCA